AUGCAGCUGGGUCUCUCCGAAGCCCUGUCGUCCCUGGUCGCCCGGCGGUUCGUCACUGCCAAGGAUGCUGGCCAUCUGAUCUUCUCUUCGACCCAUCUGGCCACUAUUUACGCCUCAGGGAUACCGUACCAACUCCGAUACUGCCCUGCCCUCGCAAAGAAACCAUCCGGUGCCCCCAAGCCCGACAAGGGCCCCAGCGCACCUAAACCCGACCCCUUCCAAGACCCGUCUCCCGACCUUCUGAUCGCCCAGAUUCCCCGCGAGAACCCGUCGCACUUCCUGGUCUUGAACAAGUUCCCCGUUAUCCCGAACCACUUUAUCCUCGCCACAAAGGCCUGGCAGUCCCAAACAGACCUCCUCGACAAGGAGGAUCUCGAGGCCGCGUAUUCCUGUAUUCAAGCGUGGGGGGACGAGAGUCGGCAUGAUGAGACCACGGGUUCCAUGAAGAAGCUGUUCGCGUUCUUCAACUCCGGGCCAGAGAGUGGCGCAAGCCAACCUCACAGACACCUGCAAUUCCUCCCAGUCGAGGCGAUGGCCCCGGAGGAGUCGGAGUCAGACUCGGCGAACUCGGCGAACUGGCGACCCUUGAUUGAUGCCGUCGCCACCCAGGCGCCUCCGUCCAGCGGCUCGGAAUACCAGCAGUUGGGCCAAGUGCCGUUUGCGCAUUUCGCUCUUCCUCUGCCACCGAACCCGUCUGCUGAAACUCUUCAUCGUAUCUAUCUAUCUCUAUAUGCCGUGGCGGUGGCCACGGCAACGGGUGGCCCAAGGAUCGCAGUCCCGGAAUCGACUACGGGUCCCGCUGCGAUCAGUUACAAUCUUGCCAUGACGGACUCGACCAUGAUGAUCUGCCCGAGAAGAUCUGAGGAUGCACGCAUUCCGGUUGACGUGGAUGCAAGCGCCGAUGUUGCUGAGGCUGGCGUUGUCGCCCUGAACGGCACCAUUCUGGCCGGUACGCUGAUGGUCAAGGCGGAGGCGGAGUGGGAUGAGUUGCGCCGUAGUCCUUCCGCCCUCGGCGAUGUGCUUGCUGAGAUUGGGUACCCCCAGCCCGACUUGCGGGAACUCUCUGUGCUAUAGUUGGCGUGGAUGUUUUCUGUUCCGUCUCUGUUGUAGUUAGCAUUGGUGACCACCGUAUCUUUGCCAUAUGUGUAUAGAUCGUAGGAGUCCGUAGGGGCACGCAGUUGCAUUAUCGCUUCCCAAG